CGAAGGCAGGUCAAUGUCUGAGCGUUGGGAUUUUCGUUGAGGAAGGACAUAUUGGGACAUAAUAAUAUUAUUUUAUAUAUUUGGGACAUGGCAGACAUUGGUACUUGCACUAGUGUCAUUGAUUAAAUAGAUUAAUUUUAACCGCCAAGUAUUAUCACGCUUUAAAUAUGUGUACGUAAAUAAUUUAAUAAAAAAUACACAAAUUACAAUAAAAAAUGAGUUAAAGUAGGAGAUAAAAAAAAACAAGGUAUACAAGCUCGAUCAUAAUAAUAAAAAAAAAAAUUCAUUGAACUCGUAUUUGGCUAAUAAAUAAUAUGCAUGUAGUGUUUUAAUAAUAUUAUAAAUAAUUGUGACACCGCCCACAUAAAGCCAGUAAUAGUAAGCCAGUGUGUUGAAAAGACAGUGUGGAGUUUGUUGAAAAACAGAGAAGAGGGAUUAUUUUCCCCGCGCGCAACCCUCGUAUGUUAUAUAUCCCCUCCUCAUCCCUUAUAUCAUCAUCAUCCCGAUCAUCCCACCGUUACCAACUGAUUCCCUCAAAUAUAGUAAUACUAACCUAAAGUGUAUAUAUUUUCAAUAAUUUAAAUAAAUCAUUGUUGAUAUUUAAAGUGCCUAUUGUCAAUUUAUUGCAAGUGUUCUACUAGACAGUAACUAUUGUUGCUGGUGCUGCUGGUGGUGGUGGUGGUGGCCGUUGUACUGCGUGCCGCAUGUACGAACCAUUCGAAAAACGUUGAUUAUAAUUUUUUUUUUUUUUUUUUUAUAUUUCUGAUGGUCUCUCUCUUCUGCUCUACUCUCCCAUCAUCAACUCCUGCCAACAGGCCACAAGACGUCCCCUUUUUAUAAAUUAAUUCAAUAUAUAUAUUUUAAUAAUAAUUAACCACUGAAUAUAAUAAUCAGGAUUAAUAGCAAUCAUUGUCUGUCUACAAGUGAGACAAUUAUAUAUUUUUGUGUGGUGUGUAUAUAUCACGUUUGAUAUAUAUAUGUUUAAUAUACGAUAAUCUGACUUGUGCCAAGUGAAACUGAGGGACAGUUGUGCAAACUGGUGCGAACGACACAACGUAAAAUAAAGUUUUAUCCGAGGAUUAGAUGUGACUGAAUUUUUUUUUUUUGAGUAAAAAAAAAAUUUUUUUUCUUAUCAAGUGGGGUGAGAAUUAUAUAUAUAUAUAUAUAUAUAUAUAUUUAUAUAUAUCGAUCACGAGGCAGAGGGAUCGUAAGGACUGCGUGCACGCGUUAACGCACAAUUUACUCUGUAUUACCGACUGAUUUUCAAUAUUAAGCGUGUUUUGUGUGUGUCGUAAAAAAAAAAAAAAAUAAAAAAGAAAGGAACAGAGUGGCUCGCGUUAAUAGAACGGGGAUGUGAUAUUGGUUGUCAUUGAUGUGCGUGACGUUUAUUACGUGGAGUCAAAAAAAAAAAAAAAUAGUGAAUUUUAAUUUGAUUAGAUUUUAAAAUUAUUAUAUUACUUAUUAUUUUUUUUUUUAUUCAAUUUUAAAUAUUUGUGUUGAAAGUUGAAAAAUUCAUUAUUUUUUGUUUGUUUCAUCAUUAAAAACAAAAAAACUUCAAUUCUCUGUGAGGAAGCUUAUUAAUUUGUUGUUUUUUUUUCUAUAAGAAAAACUAAGGUGGACUGUUUUGGGUUGGAUAGAGAGUUUUGUGAGGGAAAAAAGAAAAAAAAAUUAAUAAAAAAGAAAACUGUGUGACAGCAGCAAAGAGGGUUAUAGGACUUGUGGAAGAGGAGGGCAAUAGUCAGUGAAGGAGGCGGUGGCGGUGGCUGCCGUGGCGAUUUAGAAUGAGCGGCCGUCCGAGGACCACCUCUUUCGCUGAGGGUACAAAACCUCCUGCAAAUCCGCCUGUGGGUGGUAUGAAGAUAAGCAGUGGUGCAAUGAAUAAUUCAGGCAAAGAUGGCAGCAAAGUGACAACAGUUGUAGCAACACCUGGUGCAAGACCAGAUCUUCCACAAGAAGUUUCAUAUACAGAUACAAAAGUCAUUGGAAAUGGAAGUUUUGGUGUUGUUUAUCAAGCAAAAUUAUGUGACACUGGUGAAAUGGUGGCAAUUAAAAAAGUACUCCAAGACAAAAGAUUUAAGAAUCGAGAAUUGCAAAUAAUGCGAAGAUUGGAGCAUUGUAAUAUUGUCAAACUUAAAUAUUUCUUUUACUCAAGUGGUGACAAGAAAGACGAAGUUUAUCUUAACCUAGUGUUGGAAUAUAUACCAGAGACUGUUUACAAAGUUGCACGACAUUACAGCAAGAGUAAACAAACAAUUCCUAUAAGUUAUAUCAAGUUGUACAUGUAUCAGCUAUUUCGUUCUUUAGCUUAUAUUCAUCAUCUUGGAAUUUGUCACAGGGACAUUAAACCACAAAAUCUUCUUCUUGAUCCAGAAACAGGUGUAUUGAAGCUUUGUGAUUUUGGAUCAGCUAAACAUCUUGUUCGUGGUGAACCAAAUGUAUCAUACAUUUGUAGUCGUUAUUAUCGCGCACCUGAACUUAUAUUUGGUGCAAUUGAUUAUACAACUAAAAUUGAUGUAUGGAGUGCUGGAUGUGUACUUGCUGAAUUAUUACUUGGACAACCAAUAUUCCCAGGUGACAGUGGUGUUGAUCAACUUGUUGAAAUAAUUAAAGUACUUGGUACACCAACACGUGAUCAAAUUCGUGAAAUGAAUCCAAAUUACACUGAAUUUAAAUUUCCUCAAAUAAAAUCACAUCCAUGGCAAAAGGUAUUUCGAGCUCGUACACCACCAGAAGCAAUGGAACUUGUGGCAAAAUUAUUAGAAUAUACACCACCAUUACGAAUAACACCACUUGCCGCAUGCGCUCAUCCAUUUUUCAAUGAAUUAAGAGAACAAGCAACACGUCUACCAAAUGGUCGUGAUUUACCACCAUUAUUCAACUUUACAGAACAAGAAUUACGUAUUGAAACAAAUUUAAAUUCAAUAUUAAUACCCAAGUAUAUGCAAAAUACUGAAACAACAACUGAGGGACAAUCAACAACUGAAUCAACAAGUACUGUUGCUGGUGCAAGUGGUAAUACAAACGAUAGUAGUGUUGUUAAUACAUCAUCACCAACUGUCACACAAAACACAAAUCCCAAUCAAUCGACCAUGGCUUAAGCGCCCGCCAAUUUAUUUUUUCAUUGUUGCAAAAAAAAAAAAAAAAAAAUACGAAAAAAACAAAAAUAUAUAUAAAAAAAAUAAUUAAAAAAAAGAAAAAGAUAAAAAUUUAUUUAACAAGACAACCAGAUAUAAUAAAUAUAAUAUUAAUUAAAAAAAAACUGUAGAAAAAAAAAAAUAUACAAAAAUAAGCGAGAUUGCAAACAAGAACAGAAGAAAAAAAAAAAAAAAAAAACAAUAUAUAUAUAUAUACAGUCAUCAUUUUUUCGCGGGUAUCCUGUUAUUUAUAAAUUAAAUGCUAGUCUUGAUAACAACAAACCAGCAGUAUGACUUUUUCGUUUUUUCGUUUUUUUUUUUUUUUUUUUUGCGCCGAAAAGUGAUCGAAACUUUGUCGAAAAAAAAAUUUAAUAAAAAUGUUUAUUACUUUUUUUUUUUUCCACAGGGUAAUUUAUUUUUUUUUUGUUUUUUAUUUUUUCGGUCGGGACAGCAAUCUGUUGAUAUAUAUAUAUUUUUUUUUUUUUAUUUUUUGUGUCCUUUAAAAUUAUUGUUGGUUUUAGUUAUCAGACAUGUUGAAAUUGUGACUAGUUUCAGAAUUUUAUAUAGAAAGAAAAUUGGGUAUCAGGCUUUUCAAAUGUAAUAAAAAAAAAAAAGAUAAAAUCACUCAAGCUCAGUCAAAGAUGGUGAAGGCAAUGUCAAAAACCGAAUUUGCAUCGUCUUUUUAUCGAAAAAAAAAGAAACAAAAAAAAAAAAAAAAAGCUUUAUCACAUAAGGUGCAAAUAAAAAAAGCACAAUUGGUCAAAAAAAAAAAAAAAAACAAACUUUUACUUAUCCGGUUAAAUGGAACAUAACAUAUAUAUAAUAAAUUUUUUUCAUUUUUAAAUAAAAUAAACAAUUUAGACGUGACCGAAUUUUAAAUAUAUUUCUGUUCAUUUUCAAUCUUUGAAUUAAUUUUUUUAUUAUGGUCGAGUGUAUUAUUAAUAUUAUUUUUAUUUGUACUACUAUUAUUAAUUGAUUAUUUUUAUUAUAUAUAGUUUUUUGUUUAUUCAUUUGUAUAAUUAAUGUGAAAAAAAAAAAUACAAACAAAUAUUUGAAUACGCUGCAAGUGGACCAUACUAAAUAAUUUGGCCAUUUUUUUUUUCUUUAUUUUUAUUGGUCAAACUGAAUUUGAGAAAUUAAUGAAAUUAGUUAUUAUAGAGGGAUAAUCUUAGAAAUAUAAAAACAACAAUUUAUUUAAGUAGAAAAAAAAAAAAAACAAAAAAACAAACUUAUUUACGACUGAGAUUUAAUGUACAUUGGGAGGGAGUCUUUCACUUGAACUGUUUUUUUUUUUAUUAUUUUACAAAAACUUAUGUUUUAUAUAGAAAUAUUAGAUGUAUGACCGUUAUGCGCGAAUAUCCACGAUUAUUUCAAUUUUACAAAAAUAAAAAAAAAAACAAAUUUAAGAUAAAAGAUAGUAGUUAUAUGAAUGAAUAGUUUUUGUCAUUAGAUAAUAAUUUAAAUUUUAUUGUUUUUAUCUCUCUCGUGCAGCAAAAUAUGAAAUAAAUAAAUUUUUUUUUUUUUUCUUAUUUCAUUUUUAGAUAAUUUUUUUUUAAAAUAAAUAAAUUUUGCAUGUUUAAUUUGGUUGUUGCCAUGUUGUCUUUAGCAUUAUUCACAAAACAUAUCAUAAUCGAUUUGUCUUUUCAAUAAGAACAACAAAAAUUGCUUUUAAAUAUUUAAAAAAAAAAAAAAACCAACAAUUAAUCUAGUGUUUUUAAAAUUUUUCACUUUUUUUUUUUUUAAUUUAAAUUGAACAUGUUAUUCAUUUUUAUUCUUCCAAUUUUUUUUUUUUUUUUCGUGUGUUUGUACGGGUGUGAUAAAAAGACGAUGCAAUAAUAAAGCACAGUUAAUUUGACAAUACAGCUGACAAGAAAAAUGCUUUAAUUUUUAUUUAUUUUUUUUUCUUUUACUUAUUUAUUUUUUCCUUUUUCAAAUUAAAAAUUGUAAUAAAUAUUUGAAAACCCAAAAUGCUGUGAGCUGUAGAGCAAUCUAAGGGAUGAAAUAUCGAUGAAUUUUUUUUUUUUUUGUUUCUGAAAUAAUAAUGACAGUGUAAUUAAUACGCUUUAAUAAUUAAAAUAACAAAAGGAAAAAUAAAUAAAAAAAUUGUUUUUUUAAAAAAAAACGCAGUUUUGCUCAUUUGUAAAAUAUAAAAAAAACAUUUAUCGCUUUAUGAUUGUACAAUGCGAUUUAAUUCACAAAUGAAAGCAAUACUAUUUCUAGUUCAAUAGAAAAAUUUUGUAAAAAAGAAAAAAGAUAAAAAAAAAAAUAAUGUUCUUUCAUCGAAUCUAUCGUUUGGAAUGCCCAGUUUUUUGUCUUUCGUUUUAAUCUAUUUUGUUCUAUUUAAAAAAAAAAAUGUUAAAUUUUUCAUCAGCUUCGAACAAUCGAUUAUUUAAAAAAGAAAAAAAGCAUUAUUGCGAGUUAAACUGUCUGUCAAGCUGAUAAGAAGUUCUUAUUCAAAACUUUUUGUAUCUCCCUUACUACUACCAUUUAUUAAUAAUAAAAAAAAAAUAAAAAUAAUAAUAGUAAUAAUAAUAAUAAUACCGAUGAUAAAUUAACCGCGGGCACUCGCUUUCUAUGUAACGAUUAAUAAAAAAAAAAAAAAAAAAAUGAAACAGAAAAUUUUAAUAAAAUAAUAAUGAAUGAAUGCUUUGUUUCCGAAAAAAAAUUUGGAGAUUGUUUUUACACACUUGUAGAAAGCAAUGUAACUCGAUGACACCGCACGCUUUCAUAGUUAUUUCACACUUUCAUAAAUUCAAGAAGAUAAAAAAAAAAAAAAAAAAAGUCGAUAGAAAAAAAUAAAUUUUAACUGUUUAUACAAUUAAUUUUGAUGUCUGUCAACAACUGGCACUGGUGGCCAUCAAUAAUAUUAUAUAUACCAAGAUGAUAAUACUUAUAUCUAGAAUGAUUUUUUUCUUUUUUUUUUUUUUUUUGCAAUCAGAUUUAUCUUGAGAACGAAUUCAUAAAAUUAUGUCAUAUGACAACACGUUUUUGUAGCUCGUUCCCAAUGGGACUAAAUAUAUAUAUAUAUAUAUAUAUAUAUAUAUAUUUUUCAAAUUAUUGCAUUUUAAAAUUUAUUAUUUUCUAGUAAAAUUUGUAUUUUUCAGUAAGUCUAAAAAUUUUUCACAUGGAGCAUCGCAAAAAUAAAUAAAAAAAAAAUUAUGCGAGCCUUUAAAAUAUAUAUAUACCUUUAGUAAAAUAAAUAUUAAUAAAAAUAAUAAUAAAGACCAUCAGAGUCUAAAAUUAAAAAAUAAAUUUAUUCAUUGUGACAAUUAUUAAUCAUUUGAUUACAACCUCAAUAUUCCACACUAAUACGUUGAUUAAUAAUUUUUAAUUAAUUCGUUCUUAAGAAAUAUAAAUUUAUAGAGUAAUUGAAAAAAUUGCCUUUCAAAUAAUAGGCGAGAAGAAAAGAUAAAAAAAAAAAAAUAAAACAACGUAAUAUUUGCGUUGAAGAUAUGUUGAUUUGUGAAUGUACUAUAUUAGAAAAAAAUUGUUUAUUGCGUUGCACGUGCACUAUUAUUAUCGCUCAGAUUUCAGUGAACAACAGAUGAAAAAAAAAAAAAAACUUUUAAA